CAUCGUGAAAUCGUCAUCAUCUCUCAACCCGAUCCAUCCAGCCGAGUUUGUUGAGAGACAGACGCACAAGCCGCAAGCCCCUCCUCCCCGCGAUGAGGAGCACGUACGCGUACGACACCGACGUCGUCAUGGACGACGGCACCACGAUCCGCACCACCGUCACCAACUCCGGCGACGCCGUCAAGCGCUUCCUCAAAGAGGUUUACAAGUACGGCCAGCGCCUCAUCGUCGGCCUCGACACCGAGUGGCGGGUCAUCCGCAGGGACGGGCGCCGCACGAACCGGAUGGCCGUCCUGCAGCUCUGCGUCGGCUAUCGCUGCCUCCUUUUCCAGAUCGUCCACGCCGACUACAUCCCGGCCGCCCUGCGGGCCUUCCUCGCCUGCCCGGACCUCAGCUUCGUCGGCGUCGCGGUCGACAACGACGUCGAGCGGCUGUACUGCGACUGCAACAAGCUCGUGGUCGCCAACGCGGUGGACCUGAGGUACGUCGCGGCGGAGGUGCUCUCCCGGCCGGAGCUCAGGAACGCGGGGCUCAAGACCCUGGCACGCGAGGUGAUGGGCGUGCACAUCGACAAGGACAGGGAUGUGACGAUGAGCAAGUGGAACCAGCCCCUGUCGAUGGAGCAGGUCCGAUACGCCUGCAUCGACGCGUUUGUGUCAUACGAGGUUGGCCGGCUGCUGCUCACCGGUCAGCACGCGGGAGAUGCGGCGACCGGUGCAACGAUCCCGCCGUAUAUGUCAUUCGAGUUGCCGUAGGAAGUUUUAAAGAUGCGUUUUUCGAGCGUCCCCUGUUGUUUCGCUACCUAGAUUCAGCUGUUACA